AUGUUGCUAAACAAUGUGUUUGUGAUUUUGGUAUUAACGUUUGUUUCAAAAAGUGUUCUGGGGAAACCUGCCAGCGCCAGGGAUAAAAGUUCUUCGGCCAUUUGCUACGACCUAAAUUGUCCAGACAGUACAAAAGUAUGUGGCAAAAGAUCUGAAACAUCAUCCACAGACAAAACUAAGCUGAAUGUUCAAAUACAAUGUUUGGAUAGUCUUCAAAAUAUAAUUUUGUCCAAAAACACCACAGAAGACAACCCAUUCAGUCCAGGUGUUUACUAUAAAGGUUCCAAACUGUCCUCAGUAAUAAAAUCAGAUUCAUUGUUUUUGGACUUUUCCGUUACUAACACCGAUGACGAUGAUGAUCAAGAAAUCCAUUUAUUCCCAGUUUAUUUGACUCAUGAUAGUGAUGAUUAUCCAAGUAGACCUAAAACAGGGCCUAAGAGUGAGGUUGAAGAUUUGAAUAACCGAUGA